UUCAAUGCAUCUUGGACAAGAAACGGUGCGUUUCACCUUUUGAAUGGAAACUCGAUCAGUUGAUGGAGUACCUUACAUGACUAGCUGUUUUGGUGGUUGCCACUCCAUAAGUGCCUUUGACGGCUUUAAAGUCUUGAAUCUUUCUUACAAAGGAAGUAGUGAUUACAAGGACCAUCGAUGUUUCUCUAUGCACUUGCUUCUUCCGGAUGCAAGAAAUGGGCUGCCGGCUCUGGUCGAGAGGGUUUGUUCGGAGUCUGGAUUUUUAGAUCGUCAUCUAAUUAAAUGGAAUAUGGUUCGAGCUGGUCGCUUAUUGAUCCCAAAGUUCAAGAUCUCUUCUAGGUUUGAAGCAUCCUGUGUUUUGGAGAAACUAGUGCUGGGGGGUGUUGGUGCCAACACGAAUAUAUUCCAUCAAGCCGUAAUUGAGGUUAAUGAAGAUGGCACAACUGCGGCAGCUGCUACUGUUGCCAUAUGGGUUGGGGCUUCUGCUCCGCCGCCUCAAGAGAUACAAGACUUUGUGGCCGAUCACCCAUGCAUUCAUGCUAUUCUCAUCAGAGAAGGUGGUGGAACGGUGUUGUUCAUGGGGCAAGUGCUCAAUCCGCUUGCUGGCUGA